UAAAAUAACAAUGAACAAUAAAAUUUAGUACAUAAAAAUACAAUAAAUUAAAAUGUAAUUGUGAAAUUUGACACUUGAUUGUUAUCAAUGUUUGUCGCUUUGAAGAAAAUAUCUGAAUUGAGUUUCUGAAAGCGUCUCUAGAACCGAAAUAUGCACAUCUGCAAAUGCUUCGAAUUCCCGUGCAGUUAUUUUUGAACUUAAAUGAGACUGAGUAAGACACAUUGGCGCGCCGUCCGGCGGUACUUUUUAGUUUUUACAGCGAUUGCACUGCUUCCACUAGCUUUAGUCUAUUUGGUGAGAAGUGAACAGAUUUACAAAAUCAAAGGAUAUGAGGCUUCAAAGUUCAACGAUCACUUUUCCGAUCACAGUUUUCGUUAUCCUGUUAUGUUACUUGGCAAGAAUAAGGAUCUAACAGUAGCGGCAACUGGGAAUUCUAGAAAAAGAUUUUCAAAACAUGAGAAAUAUAUUAAUGAGACUAGAUUACCGCUCAUACCGGAAGAAGCCGUACAGACACUAUCACAAAGUGAUAUGCUUAUGGUGGAAAAGCGCAUGGAACGCCGGCGGAAAUUAAUGCAAGAGAAAUGUGCAGAUUAUGGUUUGGAUGCCAUCGGUAAUGACUCUUGGCAUAAACCCAAUCCUUGGGAAUUUUUAGUUAAUAGAAAAUAUCAUAUUAUAUGGUGUAAUGUAUUUAAGGCUGCUUCCUCUUCAUGGAUGUUUAAUUUUAAUGUUUUAGCCGGUUACUCGCCAGACUUUUUACAUAAAACCAAAGAAAUACUACUGAAUUUGGCUAGGGAACGAUAUCCAAGAGUCUCAUUGGAACAGCUACGAGAAGCACAAAAUGGCUCAAUCACUUUCAUAAUCGCUCGCCAUCCUUUCGAGCGGCUCUUGAGCGCUUAUCGAGAUAAAUUUGUAUUCGCCAUUCCGCAUUCUUUUCAUGAUAAACUGGGCCGCAAAAUAGUGAGAGCUUACAGAAAAAAGCAAAAAAAUGUUCAUAUCGGGCCUAAACACCCUACAUUCCCUGAAUUUGUGCGUUGGUUCCUGGAUCAAGUUAGAUAUGGCAACUUUAUAGAUAUGCAUUUUGUAUCUACGACAAAAUUUUGCACGCCUUGUUUAAUAAAUUUUGAUAUUAUUUUAAAAUUCGAAUCGCUAGAGCAGGAUCAAUUAUAUCUUAUCGAAAAGACUGGUUUAAAACGUGUUAUAGCGCCAGAAUGGCGAAAUAUGGGUAAAGGUAAAAAUACACUUGAACUACUAAAAACAUUCUACUCUCAAUUAACUAGAAAGGAAUUGGAAGGACUAUAUUCAUACUACAAGUAUGAUUUCGAAUUAUAUGGAUAUGAUGUGAACGAAUAUUUUAAAAUGUUGAUUGAGGAAGAAGGUGUAGCCGAUGAUUUAGCCACAAUAUCAGCAUAAAGGAUAGAGCUUCUGCAACAUAACGAAACAUCCAUAGAGACAUUAGAAACAAUAUCAAUUCGCUUCUGAUUCACUUUUUUAUGGAAAAUCAAAAUGAAAAUUCAAUGAAAGUCCUUUGGCAUAAAGCAACUUCCGUUUCCAUGUGACAACGAAAUAUUUGCAAAGAUUUAGCAUAAAAUUUUAUAGUUUAUUGAAGGCAUAUUUUUUAAGCAAAUUCGAAUUUAGCGCUUUUAUUAAAAUAUUUAUAUAAGUAUAGAGAAAAAAUAAAUUAUUGAAAAAAGACAUAUACAUAACGUGUACAAUAAUUUAGAGUGUAUGAAAUUAGUUUAGUAUUAAGCCAGCAAAUAAAAAAUAAUUAAAUUAAUACAAGACAAGCAAAUUUAAA